AUGUCCAAGAGUGAUUCAGAAAUCCAAGAUCAUCUCAUGAUCUUGGAUAACUUGGUUGAUGACCAAGAACUGAAAGAUGAGCUCCAAAGUCUUGAUGACCUUCUUGAUGAGCUGCAGGAAGAGGAGGCAGCAGCAGCAGCACCAGUGAAGACACCUGAACCGAGGGUGGUUUGGAGAAAAAGAGACAAUACUGGAAAUAUUGUUCAUGCGAGGCCAAGAUCAAGCAGGAAUCAUUCAGAUAAGGCUGAUCACAUUCGGAAGACUGAUCCUCCCUUCAUUGCUCCUGACCCUAACUGUGAGGUGGCCUUUACUCCAGAGACUGUUGAGUGUUUUCUACAAGAUCUCCAACACUCACUAAGUGAAUUCUCUGGUGAUGAAGCAUCACCUCUUGAAACCCCAAGAGAUCCUCUUCUGGCUUCCUCAAACUGGAGCAAAAGACAAAGUCUCUUUUCAGAGAGGUGGAGGGCAGAGAGACCCCGCCUGGUAAACACGGCUGCGGAAAGGGAACAUGUGGCAACACACAUCUGCCAACAGUGUGGGAGCAAUCCAGCGGCUGUCCGGUGUUGUGACUGUAGACCACGUCCCUUCUUCUGUGCUGAAUGUGACGUCAGCAUGCACACCAGACAUGUUCUUCACAACAGAGAUGCCAUGACUGCUGGAUUCUUCCAACCAUUGCCUCCAACAACUUACGUGGUGGAUAAGGCUCUUUCCCAUUGUGUCCGGCUUGUACCUGUGGAGAUGCCUGACAAAAUCUGUGGUUGUUCACCAGAGUCAUUGAGGGACAACAUGAUCUAA